ACAGAACAGGAAAUCAGCUCGUGGUAGUCAAGUGGCGAACGACGCAUGUAAGCAACAGUCUGAGCUCUGUGACUUCGGCUGCUUAGAUACAAAACUGCUUCAAGGUUGUUUGAGAGACAACCAGUGACCGGAAAUUUUUGGACACUAAAUCAGGAUUGUGUGUUGCCGUAGAAGACAACAAUUCAAGGAUACAACGGAGCCUGAUGGGGCAAACUGAGAUUGCCGGGUGACGUCGGACUGACGCUGAGUCGAGUUUCCAGGAUGUCAGCUCUGUAUCCACAUUGACACAGAGGCCACACGGGCACACGGGAGAAUGGAGCUUGUGCUGGUGCAGUAUGACUUUGAGUACACAGCGAAGGAUGGCCGCCUUGUGUCCAUCAAGACCAACGAAAGUUACAUCCUGGUCUCCAAGACCAAUGAGCACUGGUGGCAUGUCCGCAAAGACCAGCACACCAGACCCUUUUAUGUCCCUGCGCAGUAUGUGAAGGAGCUCUCAUUACUUACUGAAGACUCUACCAGCUCCAUAAAGUUGGAUCCACUCAAGUGUGUGAGUGACAGUAAGCCAGUGGCUGAUAAAACACCAGCAAGAACAGCGACGAAAGCACGAGAUCAAGGUGCCUCAAGAGAGACGUAUCGGUUCUCCACUUUUGGAUUAUGUGAGGACAUAUCAGAUGUAAAGCCCUGCAAGACCCUGAAGAAAGGACAGAUCGCCGGCGGCUUUGGAGGCACAAAGGAUAAUAUAAAGCCAAACAGUUCAACAGGAAGUUUUUUGUCUAACUCAGCAUCUCUGAAAACUGAUGGCUUGGAACUGUAUGCAAAACCUCAGGCUGUUCCAAAGGUCAGGAACACACGACGACAGUCCAAAAGCUCGCCACAGGACGAUAAAGUGGAACAGCCACAGACUUUUCUGCAGGAUGACGAUAUGGACUUCCCUUUACCCCCUGAUUUGCCUGUGUAUGACACCAACCCAGAAUUUGACACAUUUUCUGAGCUGCCCGAUCCUAUUGCUUCAAAUGACACGUUAAUGUGCGAGCAGCAGAGUCUCAGUCAAACAGGAGAGGCAACGACUUCUGCAGAUGCAGCUUCGACCGAGCAGGUGAACAAUGAAAGCCUCCAGUCAGCCGUGUACGUCAAUGUAGCACAACUUCGACAAAGCAUCUCCGAGUCCCCUCCCUCGGCUCCUUCGUCCUACUCGCCCUCCUACCUUGACCCAGAGGGAUGGGAGGUGCAUGUUGACCAAGAAAGUGGACAGGAGUACUACUACCACCCCACCACGGGGCAAACCACCUGGGACAACCCCUUUGUAGACUCCCCCACAGACCCUGAGUCGCUCCCCACGGAGGAGCCUUGUUCCCCCUCGCCUCCUCUGUCUCCUACCCUUGCGUCAUCCACCGCCUCCCCCCCUCCUGUGUGGACCUCAGACUGGGAGCAGUUGGUGGAUGAGACCAGCGGUCGGCCCUACUUCUACAACCCGAUGUCUGGGGAGACGUCCUGGGAGCCUCCCGAGCAGCUGAGCCCGUAUCCCCCUCUGAUGGAGCCUAUGAGUGUGCACAGGUUUCACGAGGAUGGGCCGCCUCCUUUACCUGAGGAGGACUACCCCACGGAGGAUUACCCAGCUGCUGAUCAAUCAGAAGCCUACGAGGAUCUCCUCGCUAGGGGCCCUCCUCCCACCCUCCCUAAAGAGUACACCCUCAGCCACGUGAGCCGGACAGUCAUCCCCCGAGCCAUCCUGGACCGCAGCACCCCACCUGGCUGGAACCUCACUGUGGAUCCCAACGGGACCUGGGUGUUCACCAGUGAACACUCCGCAGAGCAGUGGAUCAAGUCUGUGGAUGAUCAAGGGCAGACCUACUACUACCUGAGAGACGGCACAAGGUCUCAGUGGAACCUGCCCGAGGCCCCUGUAGGUCCUGGCCAGUCCAGGAUGGAGAAUGGCUUCGAGCCAGAUAAUGCGUCAGUCAUCAAAAACUGGAGGCACACCAUGGGACCUGCACAGUUCAGCUCAGGCCAGGACGAUGGGAGGUUCGUCAAAACUCACCGGAGGAACACGUCAGACUACAGCAGCGACAGCUCCAGCACAGGAAACUCCCCCGAGAUGCAUCAUAACGUGCAGAACCUGGAGAAAGCAGGAAUUCUCAACAAAACUAAAGUGUGUGAGAACGGCAAGAAAGUACGGAAAAACUGGACCCAGACGUGGACGGUUCUCCACGGGGGAGUGCUGACAUUCCACAAAGACCCGAAGUCUGCGACUACGGGGGCCUCGAACAAGACCAAUCAGAUUGUUCCAGAGUUCACGGUGGACCUGCGAGGAGCCACGAUUGGCUGGGCCUCGAAGGACAAAUCAAGCAAAAAGAAUGUUUUAGAGUUAAAAGGCAAGAACGGCGUGGAGUUUUUGAUUCAGUACGACACAGAGAGCAUCAUCAAUGACUGGCACAAAGUCUUAACGGACACCAUACGACAACUGGAGUACCAGGACCAUCACUCAGAGGAGGAGGACGGCGACUUAUACGAGAAGAUAGCAGGUUUCGAUGUAGCACGAGACGACAAGUCCGGAGGCAGCGUGGAGAAGCGAAGGUCCUCCAGGGUGACUGUCACACCCUCAUCCAGCUCUGCUGGAGACGCGGACCAGAAGAGGGUUCGCACCAAGCUGAUGAAGUUCCUCAUGAAACGGCCCACGCUGCAGUCCGUCAAGGAGAAAGGCUACAUCCGAGACAACGUGUUCGGUUGCCAUCUGGCCACGCUGUGUACACAAGAGAGGACCACAGUUCCAACUUUUGUGGAGAAGUGCAUCAAAGCAGUGGAAAAGAGAGGUUUGGACAUUGAUGGACUCUACAGAGUGAGUGGGAACCUGGCCGUCAUUCAGAAACUACGCUUCAAGGCUGAUCAUGAGGAACUGGACCUCGAGGACGGCCAGUGGGAGGACGUUCACGUCAUCACCGGAGCGCUGAAGCUGUUUUUCCGAGAGCUUCCAGAGCCGCUUUUCCCGUACAGCCACUUUAACAAGUUCAUCUCAGCCAUCAGAAUUCCUGAUUACAACGCAAAACUGUGUAGCAUUUAUGAACUGGUCGUCUCACUUCCUGAUCCAAAUCGUGACACCAUGAAACUCCUCUUUGGGCAUUUACGCAGGGUCAUUCAAUAUGGGGAGGACAAUCGCAUGACUGUGCAGAAUGUGGCCAUUGUAUUUGGCCCGACUCUGCUUCGGCCAGAGAUGGAGUCGUCCAACAUCACCAUGCACAUGGUCUUUCAGAACCAGAUAGUGGAGUUCAUCCUGAAUGAAUAUGAGCGCAUCUUCUACUAAAACGGUCACAAGCCUCCAGUGCAGACCUGCCUGGGUGAACUAGAUUUAUCUUUGCAUGGACAUAAAGUGCUUUAGUGCAACAUCUAAAAUGAAACUCCUCCUUUAAAAUAACUUUUUCUGUUCACAAUAUUUGAUGUUUAACCACAUAAUAAAUUAGAUAAAAGGCUCCUCAAAUGGUGUCUGCUGAACAUAUUUGAAAGCUGUUUGAAAGCAGUAUUGUUGGACUGGAAAGCGAGCCACACGGGUGUAAACAGAUGUGGUUUCAUUUCCCAUUUCAGAGCUUGAGCUUAUUGCUUGGGUGAAAGAAGGACCGUCUCAGAUUGCUCUAGCUUUCUGAGAAUCUAGCUCUCUUAAUCUCACAAGUCACUUUCUGGAGAUUUGAAUUGAUUUUUUUUGUUGUGUUUGUUUGUUUUUUUUGGUUCGUCGCAGAGAUAACUGAACCCACAGUCGACCCUUGACAGAUGCAUUAAUGCUUCCUUUAAGAAUGAUCAGUUAUUGCUUUCAUCUUUAUUUUAGAAAGUUUAAUGACUUUUAGAUAUUGUCUUGAAUUUGAAAUUACAGUGUGUCACAUGUGACAAUAACUGAGGUUGUAUUCUAAUAUUGUGUUUUUGUUUUUCAGUCUCAUUUUUACUCAUGACUUGUAUUGUAAUAUAGAGAUGUAUAAAAAAUAUUAAUACCAACAUCUUGCUGUAAAAUAGAUGAUAACAUAGAAUGCUUGUUCAGCCUAUAGUUUAUUUUCCACUGAAUUGUAAAACUUAAUUUUUCAAUCAUGCUGUACUUGAAGGAACUAUAUGGGAACUCAACAUAGAAAUAAAAGCAGUCUGACCAUGAACCAUGAAAAUGGAUUCUAGAAGACCUGUAAAUAGAAGUAGAUGGCAUAUUUAUGCUGAAAGUUGUUGAAAAAGCACAAGUUAUGCCAUAAUAAAAAUAACUUUAUAAAGAAAAAAA